AUGGUGGUCGUCGGCCAGCAGCUGCUGGCCUUGGGCCUGAACGGUGGCAUGAACAGCGUGACCCUCAUCCAGGUGCCGGACGAUCCCGACGGCUUCCUCAGCGCCGACCAGCUCAACUGGUCGAUAGCCGCCACGGCGCUGGGCGCCGUGCUGGGCAGCCUGCUGGGCACACCGGUGCUGUUCAUCGUGGUAGGGGUGGUGCCCGCCGCACUUUGUCUCUUCGGUCUCCUCUUCCUGCCCAACUCGGCCAAGUGGCUGCUCUCGCGCGGCCACUCGGAGGAGGAAGCCUUGCGGUCCAUCCGGUUUUUCCGUGGCGCGCAGGUGGACGCCGCUGCCGAGAUGGUGUUAUACGUCUGGUGCGGCGGCGCCACGCUAAUGCUCAUCACCGCCUUCGUGCUGGCGCCUGUGCGGCUGCCACUAAGCGAGUAUCAGCGCUCCACGCUCCCGGCCGCGCUCUCCGCGCUUGUCUGCGUCCCCGGCGGUAUCAUUAUAGAGAGAUACGGCCGGCUUCCGGUGCUGUGUCUGGGCGGCGCGCUCUCCACCGUCGGCUGCGCCAUGAUCGCCGCGUACUUCUUUCUCGCAGCGGAGUCGCAGGAGCGUCUCGGCUGGAUUGUGCUGGCGGGCGCGGCCCUGGCGUUGGUGGCCCAUGUUGGCUUGCUCAGCAAUGUCGCAUUCGGCUACGCCACAGAGCUGCUGCCCAACAAGACGCGCACCUUGGCCUCAAACAUCGUCAUCACUGUCCUGUUUGUCAAUGAAUUCUUGUUGACGAAAACGUACCCACUCAUUAAAGAAGGGGUUGGUCUGGGUUGGGGCUUCAUCAUUCACAUGUUG